AUGGCCAGACACCACCAUGACCUCAUGUUUUGCCGGCAGUUGUCGGGCAUCGCGAUUGGCAGGCUGUGCGAGAAAUGCGACGGCAAGUGCGUGAUUUGUGACUCGCUAGUGCGGCCGCAAAAAACUGUUCACAUCUGCGACGAGUGCAACUACGGCAGCUUCCAGGGUAGGUGCAUAAUAUGCAGCGGCAAGGGAAUAUCGGAUGCAUUCUAUUGCAGUGAGUGCGUGGACCUUGAGAAAGACCGUGACGGCUGCCCAAAGAUUAUCAACGUCGGUACCGCCCGGACUGAUCUCUUCUACGAGCAGAAGAAGUACGGAUUCAAAAAGGACAACUUUGCGGGUUAA